CGUGGACGUCUCGAAGUUCUGGGCGGUCUUCGUCCCAUCGUAUCGAUACACAAACAGCAACGAUACGAUUCCCCAUUAUCGCAGCGACACUGCAUCAGACUUUGACGAAGUCCGCCUGCCUACUGCUCCGGGCCACGAGCUACGAUCGACGCGUCUCACACGCAUAUCGGCGCACGCGAGGCGCCGCCAUUAGCGCAGCUCGAUGACAGCACCCUCUAAUUCGAAGCGGUCCACGCUUCCCCAGAGACAGCGGCGACGGAUGAUAUGCAGUCAAAGCGUCUGCAUCUGCCUUUGCUUGCUCUCGAUCCUAGUAGCGCCUGUCGAAGCCGGUCUGCAAAAGGUGCCUAGGGUGCAUGCGCGUCGACAUGCUGCCAGUAGCGCGUCAAAGUCUGUCAAGAUUGCCAGCACGGCUCGUCGGAGGGUACUCGUACCUGCCUCGACCACAGACACGCCGUCGCCAGCUGCCACUGCCGUCUAUGGCACGCGUGUCAGCACAGAGGUUGGCGCAAAUGACGCGGCUAGCUCGUCACUCGAUACGUCUGCAUUAGUGGCAUCCGUCGUCUCUUCCGUCGUCGCAUCCGCGGUCUCACAUGUCACUGCAACUAGUAGCGCAUACGGGGCCAGUAGAGGCGGCAGCUCGACCGCGUCUCGUACGAGGACAGGCCCACAGGCCACAGGGACACAGGUCGUGCCCCUAGCCACGAUGCCCCAACCAUUCGACACUGUCUUGUCGACAAACUUCAGCUCAACAGCAUGCCCUUCAUUCUUCGAGCAAUUUCUUGCCUCGCCGUCAUUCAGGUCUUGCUAUCCCUUCUCGCUCUUGCUCGGCACAUCAACCGCGUUCUUUCAGAUCCAGAGCAAUCUGACAGCUCUCUCCGCCGUCCUUGACAAUUCUUGCGCAGCGGACACACAAGUGUGCUCAGACAAGAUGAUCUCGCUUGCUCAAGCAAUACAAGACCCGGCUGCGUGCGGGAACGAUUUGAAAGCUGGCAAUGCGCUUGCACAGUCUGCACUCAAUGGCUUCUUGAACUACGACAUGAUGUCGCAAGUCGGCUGUCUGAAAGACAACAGCACAGGCGACUAUUGCUUCGCCGAAGCUGCGAGUAAUGAUACCAGCGUCACUGAUCUGUAUUGGUACCAGCUGCCUCUCGGGACGACACUGCCGAGUGGCACACAGGCCAGUUGCGACGCAUGUCUCGUGAAGACCAUGUCGAUCUACAGCGAUUAUGCUUCAAACUCAACGCUGCCAAUCUCCCGCACUUACAACCAGGCGAGAAGCGUCGGGAGCAUCAAUUGUGGUCCUUCCUGGUCGCCUCUCGUAGUCGCCACAGCUGCGAACAGUGCAGCAUCACUAUUUAUACCCGUCGCAUUCGUGCUCGUUUCAUUGCUAUUUACGCUGUCAUAGAUGGUGCCAAAUGUUGUAAACACAAAAGGUGAACAAGGGUAUUGCAAUCAACAUUGUAAUUUGCUGCUCAUGCGCGCC